AGGAUACUUUAAGUUCAGAGCGACAUUUUUGAGUAUAAAAAUUUGUUGAUGCAUAAUUUAUAACUAUACAUUGUAGAUACAAUGAAAACAAUAUCACUGUUCUAUUUUAUUCUAUGCGUUGCUGUGAGAUUCGCAUGCACAGCUGAAUUAUGCACUCUGCCAGGCGGAGGGACAGGCAAAUGUAUUUCGAUCAACAAUUGCCCGAUAUUAUCUUUAGCCAAAACUAACAACAAUAUAGCUGAUUACAAAAGAAACAUAAGAUGUGGAUCUCAUGAUGAGAACAAAGUAAGUUCGGGUUCAGUUAAGUUUUACACAUGUCUUAAUGGAUUUGAAGUGUGCUGUGGACCACCACCCUCUGUCCCGGAACGGGGUAACUGUAAAAAUCAAAUCACUGCCUUCCCACCAAAUCCCGAAACUGAAUGCUGCGGUAUCCAAGCCUCUGGACAGAACAGGAUUGUCGGUGGUACAUCGACUGGAAUAGAUCAAUAUCCUUGGCUUGCUCUGUUGGAAUACAAGAUUGGUAACCAAAUAUCACUAAAGUGUGAGGGUGCGCUCAUCAGUAACAAAUAUGUGUUGACUGCGGCUCACUGUAUGAGGUCAAAUAAGCCAGUAAGCGUUCGACUAGGAGAAUAUGAUAUCACACAUGACGGUCGAGACUGUUUGACCAGUAGCACGGACUGCACCGAUCCAGCCGUCAGUAUUCCGAUAAAGGAAAUCUUAAUACAUCCUGAAUACGACCACCCACUUAAACGAAACGAUAUUGCUUUGAUCAGGCUAGACGGUGUGGCUAACUAUACAGAUUUCAUCCGACCCAUUUGUCUGACAACAUUAGAUGUAUCACAGCUCUCACCUAAUGUAUCACUAUAUGUAGCCGGUUGGGGUAGAAUAAGCUGGAACUUAAAGUACAGCAGACUGAAGCAACAUGUCAAAUUGCCAAUGGUGAACAUGCAGGACUGUCUAAACGCGUAUCAUAUAAGAGCUGGUGAGAAAAUACAGCUGUGGAGUAAGCAACUGUGUGCUGGUGGUGAGUACGGACGUGACGCCUGCAAUGGCGACAGUGGCGGUCCUCUAAUGAUGGAGACAUUACUUCCAAACAAUUUAACAGUUAUAACAGAGGAGGGCAUAGUCAGCUAUGGAUUACAGGAAUGCGGCACUAAGGACGUACCAGGCGUAUAUACAAAAGUAUAUGAAUACAACACCUGGAUACGCAGACAUAUAAGACCGUAA